GUGCCCCGAGUCCUGAAAAGUGAAGGGACUUGUGCUCUUCAAGCCCACUACAGCCCAACUCCGAACCGAGCAGAAACAGAGCAGAGUACGGGUCUCCUGCGCCUGGCGUCGCUUGAACUCCUUAUAGUGAUCGUAACUUUUUUUUCCCCUCCGGAGGAGGACUUCUUUGCCUCACUGUGCGCAAAGUAUAACGAAGUCGCAACAGAUCUGGUUCUGCGACGGUAUGGCGAUGAGACUUACAUGGACGAAGUUGGAAAGCUUUUGCUGACUUUAAAGUGGAGUUUUGUCGCCUCUCUUAAAGGCAUUGUGGAUUAUUGAAACACAGCAGAACUAACUGCGGAGUGACCUUUGGCGUCUGUUUAUUGGGGGACCUUCAACGUGGUAGAGUUGUGCCGAGGCCUUAACCGUGAAGCCUUUCGCCGCCGAGAUGGGGAGCAAAGCCCUGCCCGCUCCGAUCCCUCUCCACCCGUCUCUCCAGCUCACCAACUACUCCUUCCUGCAUGCGGUCAACGCCUUCCCGGCCGCGGUCGACCAGCUCCAGGGACUGUACGGCCUUAGCGCGGUGCAGACCAUGCACAUGAACCACUGGACACUAGGCUAUCCGCACAUGCAGGGACUGAGGUCGACUAUCACAGAGAUGGCUGCCGCUCAGGGCUUAAUGGAUCCCCGGUUUACCUUCACGGGGCUACCGUUCGCCGCACACCUCUUCCACCCCAAACAGGGCAUUACUCACUUUAUCCCCGGGCUGCACAAGGACCGACCACCGCGCUUUGACUUUGCCAACCUGGCGAUAGCUGCCACCCAGGAGGACCCGCCGAAGGCUGGGGAUCUUUCAAAGUUGACAGCGGGGCUCGGAAGCGCGAUAUCUGAGUUCAACAAACUGUCGCCUGAUAGAAAACCCACCCGGGGAAGGCUUCCGUCAAAAACGAAAAAGGAAUUUAUUUGCAAGUUCUGUGGCAGGCAUUUCACCAAGUCAUACAAUCUUCUGAUCCACGAGAGGACUCACACAGACGAGCGGCCUUAUACCUGUGACAUCUGCCACAAGGCCUUCCGAAGACAAGACCACCUGAGAGACCACAGAUACAUCCACUCCAAGGAAAAGCCCUUCAAAUGUCAAGAAUGUGGGAAAGGAUUUUGUCAGUCUCGAACUUUAGCCGUUCAUAAAACAUUACAUAUGCAGGAAUCUCCACACAAAUGCCCCACAUGCGGAAGAACCUUUAAUCAGAGAAGUAACCUGAAAACUCACCUUCUCACCCAUACAGACAUCAAGCCCUACAGCUGUGACCGCUGCGGAAAGGUGUUUCGGCGCAACUGUGACUUGCGACGGCACAGUUUGACGCACACUCCUCAUCAGGACUACUAGCCAAUCUGAGAAGGCUGAUGAACAGCCAAUACAAACAAACAAACAAACAGACAAACAAACAAACAAAACGGACGUUAUUAACAGAGGAGACAACAACAUCGACGAACGUUUUCAUUUUCUUCCAUUGAAA